AUGGAGUUCUCUUCUUUGAAAGUACCAACUGGCGAAUGUAUAAGCCCAACAAUGGCUUUGAAAAGAUGUAUUGAGGAAGAGCUUGCUAAAUUUAAAGCUGAUGGAUCGAGUGCCAUAGACGGACGCCUCUUUGUCCCUCGCCAUAGCGACAAACAAGAAUAUGUCCUAGGGUCUCCACAAGAAGAAUCUCCCAAAAGAGCUGAAGCUCUGGCUAUUCUCAAAGACAAACACCAGCAUAAAAAGAAAAGAAAACUAAUACUCACUCCUGAGGAGUCUGAGCCUCAUAUUGAAGAGAAAAGGCGACAGCAACAACUAUUAAGGGAUGAGGCAGCUGCUACUGAUACAAUCCAAAGGGAAACUGCGAGAAGGCAACACACUGUCGAGCAUUAUUCCCUUCGUAGUUCUCCCAUCAUUGCCACCACCUCUGAAACUACGACAGGGAGGGUUAAGUUAAAGACAAAGAGAUUAGAGAGCACUAGCAAUCAACAAGUGACCUAUUUGAGAAGAAGGAAUGGAAUCUUGAAGAAAGCUAAAGAAUUAUUCAUAUUAUGUGACAUUGACAUUGCCCUUCUCAUGUUUUCUCCAAUUGGAAAGCCAACAUUAUUCCGUAGAGAGCGCAGCAACAUUGAAGAGGUUAUUACAAAAUCCGCUCAACUGACACCACAAGAAAGGACAAAAAGCUCAUUGGAGAGCCUUGAAGCACCGAAGAAAACCUUUAAGAAGUUAGACCAUGAUGUAAAUAUACAAGACUUUUUGGGUUCAAGAUGUUUUGAAUUUGAGUUCUUAUUCAUUGCUAGAAUCCCAAUGAACUUUUUUGACAUCUCUUAUUUAAAUUGUUAUGGACAGGAAUUAUCCAACCAAUUGAGGAUGAUGCGAGCUCAACUUACAGAAGCACACAAGAGGCUGAGGUGCAACUUUGAAGCUCAUAUUUGUUAAAGUAAGGAAGAUGGAAGAAAGGCAUGGAAAUCUCAUACUGGACCAUCUGAGAAAGACAAGGAAUUUUUUUAAGAUAAGCUAUCUUCCAGUGUAGCAGCUCUUGAUAAUUUGCACAACCAAAUGAAGACGUUGUCUUUGAGAUUUGAGUGUUCAGAGGAAGUUGUUGGAAAUUGCAAAAGAGAGUUGAAAGAACUCAGCAUUAAAAAAGAGGAGAGCGUGAAAUAUUUUAGAGAUGAACAGUGCAACACUACCAAUGUCAUUGAGGAAAAAGAUGCUAUGAUCAAGCAUUUGGAAGCAACUGUAUCUGCUACCAGAUUGGAUAUGGAGAGCUUAAACUCAAAGAUGGAAGAGUUGCAUGUUGGUUUGAAAUUUAAGGAGGACGACAUUCAACGUUUGAGAAUCUCAGAAGAGAUCUUAGAGAAAGAAAAUAGUGAUCUUCUAUCUAGCAACAAGAGAUUUUCUAGCAAACUAGAUAUGGCACUCCAACAGAUAAAGAACCUUGAAGAUUAUAAGAAUUAUUAAAUAAUACAACUAAUUUGUUCCUCUUGCUUUAAUAUAAUGAAUGGAAUAUAUGAUUGCAGGUUCAGGCAUCACUGGCAGAUGCAAAAAUGUUUGCUCCUUGACUUUCCAGUUGCUGAUAAGUUUUCAAUUAAUAGUUUGCACCAGGAAGCUCAUCAGAAGUGCACAUUACAUCUGCAGAUUCACGGAUACAGGUCAUUGAUGGUGUUGAUCUGGUUCACAAGUUUAAAGGUGAGACUAAUACACAAUAUAUAUUUUCUUGAAUGUGUAAAGCUGGUUACAAUCUUUUUUAUU